CCUACGGCCAGCACAAGGAGGCACCGACGCUCUGAGGCUGCCGCACGGUGCACCGUCGAGCAUCCUCGCCUAGAUCCUUUCUGCCCGGUCCCGCCUCACCCCGCUCCAUCACACCAGCCGGCCCUGUUCGCCUCCCCUUCCCAGAAUCAUUAAGCCCCCAGAUCCCACCAGUGCCUCGUACCCACCUCGCCCCACCCCAUCCCGGUGCCUUUCCACACCCCAGUGUCCCCCGCUGCCAUGAGCUCCCCCAUCAGCAAGAGCCGCUCGCUCGCCUCCUUCCUGCAGCAGCAGCGAAGUCUGAGGCAGCCUCCCAGACCCGUGACCUCUGAGGCGUGCACACCUUCUCAGCCACGAGAGGUGCCGGUCUGUCCGCUGACAGCUGGUGGCGAGACCCAGAACGCGGCCGCCCUGCCGGGCCCCACCAACUGGCCACUGCUGGGCAGCCUGCUGCAGAUUCUCUGGAAAGGAGGGCUCAAGAAACAGCACAACACCCUGGCGGAGUACCACAAGAAGUACGGCAAGAUUUUCCGCAUGAAGCUGGGUUCCUUUGAGUCGGUGCACCUGGGCUCGCCGUGCCUGCUGGAAGCGCUGUACCGCACCGAGAGCGCGCACCCGCAGCGGCUGGAGAUCAAACCAUGGAAGGCCUAUCGCGACUACCGCAAAGAAGGCUACGGGCUGCUGAUCCUGGAAGGUGAAGACUGGCAGCGGGUCCGGAGCGCCUUUCAAAAGAAACUAAUGAAACCAGUGGAAGUGAUGAAGCUGGACAACAAAAUCAAUGAGGUCUUGGCUGAUUUUAUGGGCAGAAUAGAUGAGCUCUGUGAUGAAAAAGGACACAUUGAAGACUUGUACAGUGAACUGAACAAAUGGUCACUUGAAAGUAUCUGCCUCGUGUUGUAUGAGAAGAGAUUUGGGCUUCUCCAGAAGAAUACGGGGGACGAAGCUGUGAACUUCAUCACGGCCAUCAAAACAAUGAUGAGCACGUUUGGGAGAAUGAUGGUCACUCCAGUCGAGCUGCACAAGAGCCUCAACACCAAGGUCUGGCAGGACCACACCCUGGCCUGGGACACCAUUUUCAAAUCAGUCAAAUCUUGUAUCGACAACCAGUUAGAGAAGUAUUCUCAGCAGCCUAGUGCACAUUUCCUUUGUGACAUUUAUCACCAGAAUCAGCUUUCAAAGAAAGAAUUGUAUGCUGCCGUCACAGAGCUCCAGCUGGCUGCGGUGGAAACGACAGCAAACAGCCUAAUGUGGAUUCUCUACAAUUUAUCCCGAAAUCCCCAAGUGCAACAAAAGCUUCUUAAAGAAAUUCAGAGAGUAGUACCUGAGAAUCAGGUGCCACGGGCAGAAGCUCUGAGGAAUAUGCCAUAUUUAAAAGCCUGUCUGAAAGAAUCUAUGAGGCUUACCCCGAGUGUACCAUUUACAACUCGGACUCUUGACAAGGCAACAGUUCUGGGUGAAUAUGCUUUACCCAAAGGAACAGUGCUGAUGCUGAAUACCCAGGUGUUGGGAUCCAGCGAAGACAAUUUUGAAGAUUCAAGUCAUUUUAGACCCGAACGUUGGCUUCAGGAGAAGGAAAAAAUCAAUCCUUUCGCUCAUCUUCCAUUUGGCAUUGGAAAAAGAAUGUGCAUUGGUCGCCGAUUAGCUGAGCUUCAACUGCACCUGGCUCUUUGUUGGAUUGUCCGCAAAUACGACAUCCUGGCCACAGACGACAAGCCUGUUGAGAUGCUGCACUUAGGCACACUGGUGCCCAGCCGGGAGCUCCCCAUCGCAUUCUGCCAGCGAUAAGAUGCCCCAGAUGAGCAUCCAGGGGGUUCAUUAUCCUCUGCAAGGUACUGACAAUGACGAGGGAUGAGCCAUGCUCAGAAGUCAGCCAGACUGGGAUUUGAAUCCCUGCUCACUUCUAACUUGCUGGGUGACCUUGAGAAGUUCCCUAAUCUCUCUGCUUUCUUUUUUUAUUUGUAAAAUGAGGACCCAAAGAGAGUGCAUCACAAAAAAAAUAAUAUGAACACCAAAUACCUAUUCCUGAGCCUGGCAUCAAUUAAAUGUUUAGUAAAGGCUAACAGCUGUUCAUGCUUUUUGCAUGUGAAUAGCAAAUGUUGGCAAACUUUUUCUGUAAAGGGCCAAUUGGCCAAUAUUUUAGGUUUUGUGGACCAUACAGUCUUUGUCACAUCCUCUUAUUACGACCUCAGAGCAUGAAAGGGGCCACAGAGAAUCUGUAAUUAAUGAGUGGGCUGAUGUCCCAGUUUUCUAUUGCUGCCACAGCAAAUUACUAAAACUUAGUGAGUCAAACAACACACAUCUAUUAUCUUACCGUUCUAUAGAUCAGAAGUCUGACAGGGCUCCUCCAGGCUAAAAUUAUAGUGUUGUCGGGGCUCUGUCUGGAGGCUCUAGAGGAGAGUCUGUUCCCUUGCUAGCUUGGGUUGUUGGCAGAGUUUAGCUCUUCAUGGUUACAGGACUGUAGUCUUCAUUUUAUUGCUGCUGUCAGCUGAAGGUUAUACUCAACUUUUAGAGAUUUCCCAUAUUCCUUGGCUCAUGAAAACCUCCCCAUCUCAAAGCCAAUAACAACGGUCAGUUGAGUCCCUCUCACACUUUGAGUCUCUCUUUCUUCUUACGUUGCUUCUGUCUGACAUUAUCCACGAUCACAUCUCCCGUCUCAAAGUUCAUAACUUUAACUGCAUCUGCAAAAGUCGUUUUUUCACAUGAAGUAGCAUAUUCAUGUGUUCCAGGGGUUAGGCAUUGACAUUUUAGGAGGACCGUUAUUCUGCCUACAAAAACUGUUCUGAUAAACUUUAUUAAAAACAAGCGGUGGGCUGUAUUUAGCACUAAGGUCUAGGUAUGCGUGAUGGCAGGACAUGUAAUGUAAAUGUAUAUAUUUAUCAGCCUGUAUUGAAUACAUAUUUUUUCUGACAAUAGAGGAGUUCUUAUGUUCCCUCCACGACUUUUGCCAUAUCCAUAUACCAACCAGAUGCUAUUUAUUUCAAUACUACUGAGUUAUUUCCUUAAAUUAACAUAAGCCUAAUUGUAUACAUUAGCCUUGUCCUGAGCAAUAAUUUCCUUAAUGAAAUUAAGAAUUAGUAAGUCCAGUGAUAGUCUCCUUAUAUGCAUUAAAAUGAAUUCAAGAAAUGAUCAAAAGUUAGUCUAAGAAAGCUCCAAUAUCAUUUUAUGUGGAAAUAUGACAUUUGUAACAUAUGGCUUUAUAGAGUGACAUGUCAGUGUUUAAAAUCAGAUUCUAUCAUUUUUGUUCUUUGAUCAGCACCUCUUAGGAUUUUCCUGGAAGAAAUUGCUGUUUGCCAAUGGCAAGUUAAGGAGCAUUUGCUGAUUGGUGGAUUUAGAGAAACUUACAAUUACAGAUGAAAUUUCUGAACAAGGCCCAAAUGAAUAUAUUAUUAUUCCUCCACAGAGUGUCUGAUGCUAUUUUGAAAUGUGUCAAAUUCUGAGCAUCCCAACCAACAGAACUGAAUCAAGUAGAAUAAGGAAAGUAUUCUCACUUGUGAGACCCCCAGUCUUCAGCAAAGACAGCAUGUUGACCACAGCAAGCCACACCUGUGGCAAGAGCCCAGGGCAAUUUUAGUUUUAGCAUAUUUUUUUGGCUAAUAAUUUGUCUUCUUUAAAUAUACUUCUUUGAUAUAUAAUUAGGGCGUACCCUUUUUUUUUUUUUCAGAAUUUUUUUUUUUUAAACCAAGACCAAAGCAGCCAUUUCGACAUUUCUACAAGAAUGGUGCUUUCGGCUUCUACAUUACCAGAAAGCAAACUUCAAACACCCACAGCUUACAAAGAACAUUUAAGCCCAGGUGUUGAUACUUUUUCUUCUGCAAAAAUUGUUCCAGAAGCUGUACUGUCUUUCUAGAUGGUGGUAUUUGCUAAGAUCACAUCCAACUCAGGGAAGCGGACCGAGUGCUGAGAUCCAAGGCACUCUACAGGGUUCACUGCUGGUUUACCCUUCACCUGCAUCAGCACUGCCUUCAGGUGCUUACGAUGACCUGGCAGCCUGUUCUCUCUUGCAUCUUCCAUGACAUGAAAGGGAGGCUGGCACCUGUCAGUCAUGUAGAGCUACUAACUGUUUCAGCCCCUGCCUACCACAUUCGUUGUUGGAAUCUUUAAUUCCCAAGAAUAAGUUUACAUUUGACAAUGAAAGACGUACAACAGCUAAAUUUUCUGGGGCUGGGAGUAACACUGCCAAUCCAUUUACUGUAGCUCUGUUUAAUGUACUGCUUAGGGAAAUACCUGCUUAAUAAUGUAAGCUAAGCUAAAUGAUGGUUAAAGUUACCAGGCCUCCCAUGAAAUUGUGUUCUUCCUGCAUUGCAAUAAAAACAUUAUUGGGAAAUUAGAGAACACUUCUAUUAAAAGGACUUUAAUGAAGUCAAACGUCUUGUAAGACUAGUGACUUACUGUGGCAUAAUUUUGUUAAAGGACCUUAAAAUUCUUUAUUUUCUUAAUGUAAUUCCUUUAUGGCAUUGAAGUAUGGAUAAAGUAAUAGUUUUUAAAUUGAGUUUAUGCAUAUGAAGCACAGACAUGCGUGCCUGUGU